GGCAUGGCGGCGCUGCUGAGGCGGCGCGGGGCGGCGGCGGGGCCCGCUGACAGCGGGGAGCAGCGGGAGCCGCGUCCCCUUUCCGGCCGCGCGGCGGCUGCCCUCGGGUGCGGGCGGCGCUGAGGGCGAGCGGGGGGCGGCCGCGCGCCCGCGCCGCCGCCAUGCUGCCCGGCGUGGGGGUGUUCGGCACCGGGCUGACGGCGCGGGUGAUCGUGCCGCUGCUGCAGGCGGAGGGCUUCGCGGUGAAGGCGCUGUGGGGCCGCACGGCCGAGGAGGCGGAGGAGCUGGCCAAGGAGAUGAGCGUGCCCUUCCACACCAGCCGCAUCGACGAGGUGCUGCUGCACCAGGACGUGGACCUGGUGUGCGUCAACCUGCCGCCGCCGCUCACCCGUCAGGUCGCCGUCAAGACGUUGGGCAUUGGAAAAAAUGUCAUCUGUGACCGAACAGCGACUCCGCUGGAUGCCUUCAGGAUGAUGACUGCAGCUCAUUACUACCCAAAACUCAUGAGCAUCAUGGGGAACGUACUGCGCUUCCUGCCCGCCUUUGUGAAGAUGAAGCAGCUGAUCCAGGAGGGUUAUGUGGGGGAGCUGCUGGUGUGCGAGGUGCAGGUUCACAGCGGAAGCCUGCUGGGAAAGAAGUACAACUGGAGCUGUGACGACCUGAUGGGGGGCGGAGGUUUGCACUCGGUUGGCACCUACAUCAUUGAUCUGCUGACAUUCCUCACCAGCCAGAAGGCUGUGAAGGUGCACGGCUUGCUCAAGACCUUUGUGAAGCAGACGGACCACAUCAAGGGGAUACGGCAGAUCACCAGUGAUGACUUCUGUACGUUUCAGAUGGUUCUGGAAGGUGGCGUGUGCUGCACGGUGACGCUCAACUUCAACGUUCCAGGGGAGUUCAAACAAGACAUUAUCGUGGUGGGCUCGGCGGGACGGCUGAUUGUCAUCGGCACUGAUCUCUAUGGACAGAGCAACAACUCUCCUCAGCGGGAGCUCCUGCUGAAGGACUCCACACCGGUCAGCAACUCCUUGCUUCCGGAGAAGGCCUUCAGUGACAUCCCUUCCCCGUACCUCCGAGGCACCAUUAAGAUGGUCCAAGCUGUCCGGCAGGCCUUUGAGGACCAGGACGACAGGAGGACCUGGGACGGGAGGCCUCUCACAAUGGCUGCCACUUUUGACGACUGUCUGUAUGCCCUGUGUGUGGUGGACACCAUUAAAAAGUCAAACCAGCUGGGGGAGUGGCAGAACAUUUCCAUCAUGACCGAGGAGCCAGAACUGAGCCCAGCGUACUUAAUCAGUGAAGCCAUGCGGAAGAGCAGGAUGUCUCUGUACUGCUAGCUCCACUCAGCUUCUAGGAAAGAAUAGGAACCAGACAGCUCUUAAAGGAAAUGGUAAUUCAGCCCUUUUGAAGGGCUUGAACAUCUUGCAAACAGCUGUGGGGAGAGGGGAGAAAGAAAUAUGGUGUUUGGAUCAACUAAAUCUGUUGGUGGCUAAAUACCAAAGUGGAAAGGUCCUUAGCAAUGCCCAAAAUGGAUAGGAAAGUUGAGAGCUGACUUACCUGUUUUAAUAACAGUAUUAUCUGGAUGAUUGGAAAUAUGUAUCAUGGACUCGUCUCCUGCUUGCAGGUGCUUUAGAUUAUCCAAUUGCGUUUACUGUGAAAGGUUGGGAAGAUCCUUUUAGAUUUUCCUUACCUACCAGAGGGCUGUGAAGGUACUGUCAUGUCAUCAAAUUUUCUGUAGUGUCUGACAUGAAUGGUUCCUACCAUGACAGCUGACACCACCAUGCUGUACUACUACACCUCCAACCAACACACAGAACAAUGGGACUUCGUGUGAGCGUUGUGUGAUGCAGAAAAUUUUGGCAGCUCAGUUUUCAUACAGCUUUUUAGGAGCUUCUAUGUGUUGGUUUAGUUAAUCGUUUUGUCAUUUUCUUUUAAAGCACAAUUUUGUGUAGCUUUUACAAAAAAAGCAGCCCUCAACUGCAGUGCAUAUGACCCAUUUAUUGUGGGAGGGAGGGUCUGUGAGCUCAUGGUAAGCUUCAGUGUUUAUUGUACAGAUUUGUUGAUUGAAAUGGGUUGUGAAAAACUUUCAUGAAUGGCAGGUGGCAUGAAAAAGUGCUGGUGGGUUUUAUUACACAGCUGAACUCGAGUUAGCCUCACAAAGGUUUGCACACAAUCUCCUGUGUGUGGGACUCACUUUUGAGUGAAUUCAUCUCGCAUUUUGGUUUUAGGUUGAUAACAAAAUGGUAGAAAUCUAACCCCCAAAUCCUGCGAUGCUUAGACAGUUCUUCUGAACCUUUGUGAAGUCAUACUUGAGACAUCCACAGCAACAAUUAAUUUCAUGUAGCUCAACCCCGAAGCUUUCACCUCCACCAAAUGGUGCUUGUGAGUGAAAAAUAGAAAGGGAUGAGAAGAUUUCCUUUCAUUUCCAGGGAAAAAAAUUACCAUCACCUAUCAGAGGUGGGAAGAGGAACCCCACCUCUUUACCUGCUUCAAGUGGCUAGCUGCUGGUACUGUAGUGAUCGUUCCCUGUCAUCAGUGCAGGGGUGGACAAACCUUCUUGAUAAGUUUGUACUGUCUUUUUUAGUAGUUUAGUUUGCAGUCUUGAAAGAAUAUAUUCUUUCAGUUCUUAAAAAAAUCUAGUGAAAGGCACAUGUAUUAUCCCAGUAAAUGGGGAUGCUGUUUUUCUGCAUAAAGCUGCUCCUGGGCAUAUGUGUUUACAGCACUAGGUCUUCAGAUAGGAAAAAAAAAAAAACCAAGCAUAUAGCACUAAAUUAUAUUAAACUUGAUAAAAACUGUUUCAGGAUUCUUUUUCUUCAUUUUGACUAGGGGAAAGAGGAAGACAUUUGGACAAAGAGUAAAUAAGAAAAUAUGACCCUCUUUUCAGAUUAGUUUGGGGUUAGAAAGAGUGCAAUCAGAAUAGUUCAGGUUUUUUUAAAAAGCACUUACAGUUUUGCUACUUUUAGGAGUGCUAAGGGCUUCUGAAGAGCUCCUUCAAAUGAGUCCAUCUGAUUGCUGUAUGCUCCUGCCUGUCCUGUUCCCGGUUUUAGUGCUGCAUGAUUUUGAACAGGAGAGUAUCAUUAGUGUGACUCAUCUGACACAAGCCAGCUAAAAGUCAGGUAUGUUGUCCCCAUCAGCUCUUCAAGAACAUGGUUGUCAGUACAGAGAGAACUCUCCAAAGAGUGAUGCAGUUCAUCCUCAGAUUAAGAUAGAAGCAGUGCGUAGUGGAAACUCCAGUCCUCCUCCUUUCUCUGUGCAGAAAAUUUUGGCUUCUACAUUUUUAGGUCGCUAAUGUUAGGAAACUUGAAUCUCACCCCAAAAUUAUUAGUGCAUGCUUGAUUUUUAAAGGGUAUGUAUGUGUGACCUUUCGUGAAGUAUUCCCUUAAGUGUCAGAGCGUGACUGAUGAUGGAGUAAUGUAAUACCACAAAACUGCAGCCAAACAGAGAACUGUUCCUGUCCGUAUUGUUCUGCCAGCUUUAGCGAUUGUGUCUGGGGCGGUCAGCUUUUCAUUCCUGCUUGGAAGAAGCUUUUGACAAAUUUGAAUGUUGUUCCUACAAUGAUCUAUCUGAGAAUUCCUGUAUUAGUGUCCGUGCCAACAGGAAUUUCCUAUUGUAAUUGUCAUGGUAUUCCGUGAUGUACAGUUACAGCCCUUUAAAAUGCACAGAAAAAUACAGAAGACCAAAUUUGAUCAAGAAAUCAUCCCUCUCCUCUGAAAAAUUGAAUUAGCCUGAAAGGGAUCAAGAGAGAGUUUUAAUAUAAUAAGGCAGAAGCCCUUUAUUGAAAAUACCGGCAAGUUCAAGUCAUGAAUGUAAGCACAGUAGAUAAGUAACCGUGUCUAGUUACAUAUCAUCCAAAACUGGAACUAAACAGGGACCAAAAUGUUUGUGAAUCUUACUUCUUAGUGGUUUGUGCUGGAAUUGCUGCUCAUUUCUUUGCACCUUAUUUUGGUUCAUGAAUGUGGACAGCUUUUCCUACCUGCAUUUUACUUUUUUCUGUGUCGUUCUGGGUUUUAUGAUUCCAGUUGGAAGAAGAUACCCUGGAAUCCUAGACAACCCUCCCUGCAGUGAGCUGACAGCAGGUGAAACACAAGGAACAGGAACAGGUCCUGACCUUAACCUAUCUUGGAUCCGGAGGUUUCAGUGUCAGUCAUCAUCCACACUCUGUGCAGACUUAGCAAUGCAGAACUUGCUGCUUAGCAGAAAUAAAAUGUAAUGCUUUGGUUACAGAGCCACCUGAUACUUGUGUUAGUCCUGUAUUGUUGGAUCCUGUACAGCUCGCUGUGUGACCACAGCUCCCAGAGAGGUAGCCAGGGUGAGCAGGGGCAGAAGCAGAGGGGCAUCCUUUUCUGACAGCAGCACAGGUCUUAGGCUAGAUUGAGGUGAACUGUUAUCUAACUGGGACGGCAGCAGUGACUGCAUACAUUCAGGAUUGUAUUACAGUUUUUCCAUUCUCUAGGAGGCGAAGAUGCUGUAGUUCCAAAUGUAAAGAUGCUUAACUUCCACCUGGCUUAGAGGAGCCAGGAAUUGGUUUAUUUAUAGAAUAUGUACAAUUCUAAAAAUAAAUGUUACUUUACAGUCUGGGAUCUUCCUUGGUAGUAUGAAGCCUUCUGCUCUUUUGGUACAGCUGAAAAGUACAUUGGGUUGCCCUAAGUAGCCUCUGUAGUUCCUGCUGGCUUUGAGAAUUUGGGCAGCAGUUAGAAGAGAUGUACUUGAUUGAACUCAAAAGCGGUACCACACCAGGAAACAUACAUUUGGAAUUGCACUUUUAAUGCUGUGCCACAAUGUGUGAGAUGAACGCUGCUAGAAUUGGUGCAGGCCUAAUAGCCAAACUGAGGCUGCUGCUGGAAUUUACAGUAGCCCCCAAAUGAGCUUUUUCAUACACUAGAUGAUAAAUAUUAAUUCCUUUUUCCCAGGGCUGCUGUUGAGAGGCUCUUUCAUUUGCCAUCUACCUGUGCACAUAGGAUACUGAACAUUAUGGUCUGUUGCCAAAGACGAAAAGAGCCAAAGGGGGCAUCCAGGGUGAAGUGCUCUUCUGCUUUGUAGGAGCCUCCUCCAGUGCUGGGAUGGUCAGCUGAAAGAUUGUUUUCAAUGGGAAUCAGAUUGGGCUCCACACCAGGGGUAGCAAGGCAACCCUUCCCUGUGUCCCUGUGCGCCUGCUAGAUGCGUGCACAGCCUCAGUGCUGACCUCAGUGAAGUCCUGCAUGGAGGUGUAAGACCUCUGCAAGAGCUUUGGGUUUUCCUAUAUCUAAUAUUGUGCAUGUGUUAAAUUAGUAGUACUUUAGCUGUGUAGAUAAAAAAUACUGAGUAGAGAUGGUAUGUCCUUACCCAUGCAGCCAAUAAGGCAGAGAAUCAGGGCUUGCGUAGACAAGUUUAGGCUCAGGAUGGACUUUUGCAGAGUUCAUCCUUGGCAUUGGCUGAAAGCAUGAGAAAUUCCUGCCCAGCCAGCACGGGGCAAUCAGAGGCACUCUCCACUUUGUACUUCGUGUUUCCUUCUUUUGAAUAGCUUUGGAAUCGUGAUGAUUGUGAAGGUGAGCAGCUGUCCUGGCAGUUCAGCCGUUCAAAGAAGGAGACCUUCCUGCUGUGUGCAAUCGCAGCACAAAGACAAUUCAAUUUCUGUUACCUUGUUUAUUUCCGCGUGCAUACAAAAGUGGAAAAGACCCAGACAAAUCAAAACGAUUCUCUACCAAAAAAAAAAAAAAAAAAAGAAGCUGAUUUUAUUUCAUGGGUAAAGAUAAAUGUAGUAGCUUGAUGGUGUCCUUGCAGAGAUUCAGAAAUUACUGAUGACAGUUUUUUGUUUCUGGGAAUGUUUAAAUUUGACUUUGUUCUCUUUCCUUCAGUAUAAAGUAUCACAAAUUGUGAAAUCUCUUCACUGUUGUGUAUUUACAAAGGUCUAAAUGCACCCAGCAGAAGUUUGGCUUUGUGCAGAUACUUCACACGUUGGCUUUUGGUCCAGUGGCCCAGUGAUGUACCCUUGAGUACAUACAAAGCACAGCACUGGGCUGUUUGACCUCUGCAGCACUCUCUGGGUAUUUAGGACUGGUUGUGAAAUGGCAGGAUUGUUCAGGAUAGCAACUUCUUUUUAUUGAAGUUGUUAAUUGUGGGGAGCAAAGCUUGUAAGUUUUAGAGAUGACGUAUGACUGAAUGAUCAUUGGCAGUUGUAUCUGCUUUAAAAUUUCCACUCUCUCUUGAGCUGCUGGAUGGAGUAUGUCCAGUAAAAACAACUUCCCCUUCACAAUAACCGCCCACUUCCAUUUGCUCAUGAAAAGAAGAAAUUUUCAGUAGACAGGACAAUACAUAAAGCUGUGUUCAUGAAUCAGUGUCAUAACCUCAUGGCUUACUGAGUGUAUGAAGCCAGAGCCCAGGCAAGUAAUGGUUUUUUCAGAGCUGCCAAAUCAAAGCAGUGGGGUUCGAGAGUGAUGGGUAUCAGCGUGGGUCAAACUGAAAUAGCUUUUAUUCAUCAUUUUCUGUGAAAUGAACAAACAAAAUAGCUGUAGUCAAUCCAAAACUGAACACAACACAUGCAGAAGGUCUAUUUUAUUUUAUUUUUUUUAAAUUUUACUUUUGGGAUUAAGUUCCAUUUCUAAAGAAUGCUGUUUUGAAAUGAAGUUUUUAAAAAAUCCCUUUUAUUAUGUUUUGGCGUUUGUGAAAUUAACAGUUUGGGGUUGUGUUUUUUUCUUAUUUUAGGUUCACACUUAAAAAAAAAAACAUGCCUGUUUGGUGGAUACCACUGCCUUUGGGCAGGUCCACCUCUGAACCUGCACCCUUGCAGUGUCAUGCAGUGACUCCCUUCCAGCAUUUGAAUUUGGCCAUGUGGGUUUCAUUUGUAUUUUCUUGCGGCAAAGGGAAAACUGGUUCAUUACACAGUGUUGGCUGUAGAUAAUCAAAAUACUGUUUGCAGCAGUGCCAGCCAUCGUCUCUAAAAGCACUUAAAUCUAUUAACGUGUUUACUGUGGUUAUUUAUGACCUUGCAGCCAUCCAUUGCUCUCUUUUCUUUUUACACCAUCCGUCAGACUCGCUUACCUCCCCUUCUUUCAUUCCAUUGCGAGUCAAGAGGCGGGUCUCCCCAUUUCCCCAAGUUUGCUUCCAGUCUGUGUUCCACGUGGCAUACAGGGUGGCUAAUGUAUGACUUGAAGUAACUUUGGAGACAAAUCCAUUAAAGAAAGUGUUAACAACACAACCACUCAAGUACAUGGCAUACCUGAUCCCCCUGCUAGGGCAGGAAUCCAAGCUCCCUGCUGUGCUGUGCUACACAAAUGACACUCACUGUUUCUCUCUGUACUGGUUUUAUUUGAUUUUGAAAAUGAGAAUAUGUUCAGUUUGUUGCUGUGUCAAUAUUAAGUAUAUAUUUAUUGUUUUUCAGACAUACAUACAUAUAUAUAAAUGCUAUAUAUAUAUAUAUAAAAUGUCAACGCAUGGACAUAUGUACAGUAGAUAUUUUAAAGAGCUAUUUAUCAAGAAAAGUAAGUGUUAUAAGUAAACAGAGUUUAUAUUUUAUAUAUUAUGUAGAUAGCAAAAAAAGAAAAAGAAAAAAAGCAACAAAAAAAGUGUUUAAAUUAUAGUAGGACUUUUUGGGGUAGGGGGGUGGGGUUGGAGGGAUGGUGAGGGCCGGUUCCAGCAUUUUAAACAGCCAAACUACUUUGUACGGAAGCUGCCUGCUGUGCCUCUCGGCUGCAAUAUCUGUUUGUUUCUUCUUCUGGAAGAUGAUGUGCAUUGUUACUUUUACAUUGCUUGGGGAAUGUAGUUAGUUUAUUCUCGGCCAACUGGUAUGUGCUGCUUAAAUCACGGUUUCCUGUUGUUCUGCAUAUUUGCAUCGAUGGAAUAAAAGGAUCUUAACUGGCAAAUAAAGACAUAAAAGGAUGUGA